AUGCUCCCCGUCUACUCCGUGGAUGACUUUCUGUCCGCCACCCAUAUGGAUGCUGUGGACGCCCUUCGAGCUUUAUUCAUCCUCGCAGCUUGCACGAUCCUGUCCGUCAGCCUACCGUCCUCAUUCAGUUCCCGGUUCGUCAACUAUGGUGCCCGUGCGACUUCGACGUCGUCUGAGCCCAAGGUAAAACCGACUCGCCAGCCACAUGCAUUUAUCCGCUUCCUGGACUAUGUCUCCUCCUUCAGGGUUCCCCACAGCUACUUCACGCAGUUCUACGUCGCAUCCGUCUUGUCGUCAAUCACCUGGGCCACGCAGCUUGUUACCCUUGGGCCAGCGUUUUGGGCAGUGGCUAUCCGGGUGGAUGAGAGACAUGUGCAGAAGUCCAUGUCGCUGAACCAAGUCAUGCUUUGCUGGGCGUUGUUGAUGAUCCAGGGAUCUAGACGCCUCUACGAGUCGCUCGCCUUUUCCAAGCCCUCAUCUUCUCAGAUGUGGUUUGUUCACUGGCUGCUGGGAAUCGUAUUUUACAUUGCAGUGGGCGUUGCAAUUUGGAUUGAAGGAACAGGCAGCUUGGCGUCGGAGAAGAUGGCACUUCUCCAUUUCAGGAUCACAAACCCUCCGUCCCUGCGAACCUUCCUCUGCCUCCCUCUUUUCCUCUUUGCAUCGGGUCUCCAACACGACUGCCACCAGCAUCUCUUCUCCCUGAAGAAAUACUCCCUUCCUACCCAUCCGCUUUUUCGCCGGGUCGUGUGCCCGCACUAUACGGCCGAAUGCGUGAUAUACCUGUCACUGGCACUGUUGGCUGCUCCUCGAGGCGAGUUUAUUAACAAAACACUUCUCUGCUGUGCCAUGUUUGUAGCUGUUAAUCUGGGCGUCACUGCUGCAACUACGAAGCGUUGGUAUAUGCGGAAAUUCGGCGAGGAGGCUGUACGGGGAAGAUGGAUGAUGAUUCCUGGCGUGUUCUGA